UGUAGUAUCCUGAUUCCAGCGUCUAAGGUCGCAAUUUCAGAGCCUAAAAAAAAAAAUAACCCUACCUGGCAACACUAUGGUCACCACGCUUCAUUCCUGUUUUAGCGCGAAAACUAAUGGUUCGCGUCCCGUGAAAACAAAUAGUUUUAUGCAUUGUUUUAUGCGAAAAAUUACGUACUUUGUGAGAAAAAAGAUGCUUAAAAGAUCGAGUGAAGGUGAGGAUGAUGAUACGCGAAAGUUACGGAAGAUACGUAAGAUGGAAAAGAAAAUACAAAAAUACAAAGCAGCCAUGACAGCUGCGGAUCCAGAAACAUUGUCAAUUUUGGAGCAAAAUAGUGUGGAUGAAAAUUGUGAUAAGUUGGAAGAAGAAAAUAAUGCUCAUAGUGACAAACCAGAAGAAACCCAAGAACACCAUCAAGAACAUGAAGAAGAGGAAGGUGAUGUUGAGAUAGAGGAAGACCUGCCCCAAGACAUCCUGGCUGCCCUCGGAGAAGGGGGACAGGACGAUGAUGCUAACUAUGGAGCUGAAAUAAAAUCAGAGAUUGUUAAGAUAAUCGACACUAUACUAACAGAUGGAAUGAAUAAAGAGAUGCAUGAAUCCUUAUCAAAAACUAAGAUCCCGAGAAACGUCAAACUGUUAGAUGCUCCAAAACUAAAUACAGAAUUUGCAGGUUUUCUCAACAACUCCAUGACUAAUAGAGACAACUUACUGAAAGAUAGACAGCAAGACCUGGGCAGAGCAAUUGCUUUAGUUACUCAGACAAUUAAUGAUCUAACUAAAAAAGAUUUUGACAAAUUACAGGCAAUAAAGUCCCUGAGUGACAGCAUAAGACUACUCAGUAACCUGCAUUUCAAUUACACUCAAAUUCGAAGAAAGUUGAUUGCACCAUUUAUGGAUAAGUCGUUGACACAAAACCUAAAUGAAAACAAGAGAUCCGAGUUUUUAUACUCUAAACUAGAGGAAUCAGUAAAAACAUCCUCUGCAAUGAAACGCACAAUCAACAUUCUAAAACCCAAAAAUACACCAAAAAACUAUCAGAAUCCCAGGCGACAACCCGCCCCAAAUCAGUACACGCCCAGAACAAACAACAUGAAUUACAAACCAAGACCAUACCAGAGCAAUCAGGCUUCAACCUACAAGCCACAGCGCAGCCAUCAACGUCCACCACAACACGCGAGGUCUACCCGCCGACCAACAACAUCCCAUCAUCGAGGAGGUCGUGCGAAGUACCCAUAAAGGUAAAUUUUGCUGGCCGCCUUAAACAUUUUUAUAAUUGUUGGGCAUUUUUGACAGAUGAUGAAACAAUCCUAAAAUGGAUAAAUGGAUAUUCCAUACCUUUUGAUAGUGAACCAAAUCAACAUAAUGUUCCUCUUAAUAACACAUUUAAUACCUCUGAGAGAAAGAUUAUUACAAUGGAAAUACAUAAACUUAUUGUAAUGGGGGCUAUUACCCAAUGUCAACCAAGUAAAGGGCAAUUUCUAUCUAAUAUUUUUACUAUCCCUAAAAAAGAUGGAUCUCACAGAUUUAUUCUCAAUUUAAAGUGUUUAAACAAAUUUAUUAUAACAAAACAUUUCAAGCUGGAAGACAUUAGGACAUUAUGUAAACUAGUUACAACAGAUGAUUACAUGUGUACUGUUGACUUGAAACAUGCAUAUUAUUUGGUGCCUAUAAAUGAAUCACAUAAGAAAUAUUUAAGAUUUACAUUCAAUAAGAAAUUAUAUGAAUUUAACUGUUUGCCAUUUGGCUUAUCUACGGCACCUCUAGUCUUUACUAAACUUUUAAAACCGGCUAUUGAAACUCUGAGAGAACAGGGUAUUAGGCUUAUUAUCUACCUUGAUGACAUAAUUUGUCUUGGAAGUACUUACACGGAAUGUCUAAAUAACACCCAAAAAACAUGUAAUUUAUUACAAUGUUUAGGCUUCAUAAUUAAUGAUGAAAAGAGCUCUGUAACUCCAUCCCAUGUGAAGGAGUAUUUAGGCUUUACUAUUAAUUCAAGAAACAUGACUUUAAGCCCUACACUAAAGAAACGCAAUAGUUUAUACUCCUUAAUUAAAGACUUCCUUAAAAUUAAAUCAUGCAGUAUUAGAGAAUUUGCAAAAUUACUAGGAAAUUUAGUGUCAGUCUGCAUAGCAAUUCCUUAUGGUUUUGUAUACACAAAAAAUUUAGAAAGAGAAAAGUUUUUAGCUCUAGAAUACCAUAAUGAUAAUUUUGAAGGAAUGAUGAACAUUAAUAAACCAAUCAAAAAAGAUUUAAUGUGGUGGAAAGAGAACAUUUUAGUAAAGAGUAAUCACAUUAAACAAUAUAACUUCUCCUUUGAAAUAUACUCAGAUGCUUCACUUAUGGGAUGGGGUGCAUUUUGUAAUGGCCAAAGUACACAGGGCAAUUGGUCUGAGUGGGAGCGCAAUCAACACAUUAACUAUUUAGAACUUUUAGCAGCUUUCUUUGCUCUAAGAUGCUUCGCAGAUAAAUAUAAUAACUGUGAAGUACUUCUCAGGAUAGACAACACAACUGCUAUAGCAUAUAUUAACCGUAUGGGUGGAGUGCAAUACCCGUUACUAAAUGAUAUUACUAGACAGAUAUGGAGGUGGUGUGAAGCGAGAAAUCUGUGGAUUUUCGCAUCUUACAUCAAAUCAAAAGAAAAUGUUGAGGCGGACUUUCAGUCUCGCAACUUUAAUGUAGAUACUGAGUGGGAACUUGCACAGAUAUUUUUAAUAUGAUUGUUGAUAAAUUUGGCGUCCCCGAAUUAGACUUAUUUGCGUCACGAAUUAAUCAUAAAUGUGACAAAUAUAUAUCAUGGCACAGGGAUCCUUUCGCCUGGAACAUUGACGCUUUCACAGUCAAAUGGAAUUCUACCUUUUUCUACGCUUUCCCACCUUUUGGUAUUCUACUAAAAGUUCUUCAUAAGAUUAAAUCAGAAAAGGCCACAGGCAUUUUAGUUUUUCCUCUAUGGCCAUCUCAAGUUUGGUAUCCACUCUUAAAAUCUAUGGUAAUAUCAGAUAUACUAACAUUCGGACCAUCUGAAGACCUCCUCAUGUCUCCUUUCAGAACUCCACACCCUCUUCAGACGCAACUUAUCCUGGCGGCGUGCAAAUUAUCAGGGAAGCGUUUAAAAGAAGAUUAAUUGCAGAACGUUCAAUUGACAUUAUGAUUGCUUCAUUAUCUGAGAACUCCAUUAAACAAUAUAAUAGUUGUUUACGCCAGUGGUGGCUUUAUAGUAAACGUAAUAGUAUAGAUACAUUCAGUGCAUCAGUCCCUAUCAUAAUAUCAUACUUAACAAACUGCUUUGAGAAUGGCCUGUCUUAUCAAUCACUCAAUUGCUAUCGCUCAGCGUUAUCCCUUAUAAUUGGCAGCCACAUAGGCACGGAUGAAAGAAUU